GGGGCGGACUGGGGCGGGGAGGGAGGGGCCCGGAGCUGCAGAGCUUCCGGCUCUGCCAGGCUCCAGCCUCACUAGCUCCGCCGGUCCCGGUCCAGAUGUGGAAGACUGAGGACUGUCGAGAGUAUAGCGUUCAGCCCCUGCACCGUCUGCCCCCAAGAGCUCCAUGCAGGUGCCACAGGAUGGAGAGGACUUUGCCAACCAGCUCUGGUACCACGGCCUCCUCUCCCGUCAGAAGGCUGAGGCCCUCCUGCAGCAAGAUGGGGACUUCUUGGUUCGAGCCUCCAGGUCCCGGGGGGGCCACCCAGUGAUCUCCUGCCGCUGGCAGGGCUCAGCCCUACACUUCGAGGUGCUCCGUGUGGCCCUGCGUCCCCGGCCAGGCCGGCCCACAGCCCUCUUUCAGCUGGAGGAUGAACGUUUCCCAAGCCUGCCCUCCCUGGUUCGCAGCUAUGUGACCGGGCAGCGUCCACUGUCCCAGGCCACAGGGGCUGUGGCCUCCAGGCCCGUGAUACGGCAAGGACCCGUUCGACGCAGCUUUAGUGAGGACACCCUCCUAGAGAGCCCAGCUCGGAUAGAGUUGCCCAGGGCUAGGAAGCGGAGUGACAGCCAGCCCGCAGGUUUGGAGCACAUGGGGCGGUCAAGAGAAGACCACUCGGGACCAGGAGCCUCAGCUGUGCCCACAUGUGCCCUCCCUCGGAUGGGUAGUGACCCCGUGUUGCUGAAGACCCCAGCUCCUCUGGGGUCCGUCAUUGACAGCCUCAGGGCCUCCGAUGGGCAGCUUCAUGCCAAGGCACCGACCAAACCACCUCGAACACCCUCACUGGUGCUGCAUGAUGCAUCUGGAUGCCCCCCAACGUACUGUGAGCUGGUGCCCCGAACGCCUAGUGCCCAAGGAACCCCCCCUGGCUACAGCAGCCCAGAGACAGAGGCCCCGUGGUGGGAAGCCAACGAGGAAGAGGAGGAAGAGAACAGAAGUUUUGUAAGACCAAAGGCCGAGGUCUCUUUUUGGCCCCCUAACAACCCCUUCUGCCUGCUGGGCCCCCAGAAUCGGCCCCUCGAACCCAAAGUCCUGAGUACUCUCCGUGACCUAUUCCUGGAGCACCAUCCUGGGAGCACAGCCCUGCACCUAUUAUUGGUGGAUUGCCAGGCUACAGGCCUCCUAGGAGUGACCAAGGCUCAGCGGGGUGCCAUGGGGGUCGCCUCUGGCCUGGAGCUGCUCACACUUCCCCAUGGGCAUCGCUUGAGGUUGGAACUUCUGGAGAGACACGAGGCGCUGGCGCUGGCAGGGGCGCUAGCCGUGCUGGGCUGCGCGGGGCCGCUGGAGGAGCGCGCGGCCACCCUGAGGGGCCUGGUGGAGCUGGCACUGGCGCUGCGGCCGGGGGCGGCAGGGGACCUGCCUGGACUGGCCGCGGUCAUGGGCGCCCUGCUCAUGCCCCAGGUGUCCCGGCUGGAACGCACGUGGCGCCAGCUCCGAAGGAGCCACACAGAGGCUGCGCUGGCCUUCGAGCAGGAGCUGAAGCCGCUGAUGCGGGCACUGGAUGAGGGCGCGGGACCCUGCGAGCCGGGCGAGGUGGCGCUGCCGCACGUGGUGCCCGCGGUGCGCCUGCUGGAGGGUGAGGAACUCCCGGGGCCGCUGGACGAGAGCUGCGAGCGUCUGCUGCGCACCCUGCACCGGGCGCGUCAGAUGGCCCGAGACGCGCCCAAGUUCCGUGAGGCGGCGGCCCGGCGCCUACGAGGAUUCCGGCCGAACCCGCAGCUGAGGGAGGCCCUGACCACAGGCUUCGUGCAGAGGCUCCUCUGGGGAAGCCGAGGUGUAGGGGCGCCACAAGCCGCACGUCUCGAGAAGUUCCAGCGCGUGCUCAGUGUCCUUUCGCAGCACCUGGAGCCUGAUGUUUGAAAGCACAGACCCCCUUCUUCACACUGGGACACCUAGGCUUUGGGAAACCCUGGCGGACACCAGGAAGCUGCCCCAAGCUGUUCACAUAGCCAAACGCAGUGGGAACCCCGAUUCUGCCUCACAGAUUGGGCGGGGGAGAUUUGCAAAAACCCAUACUGCUCCCUAAAAAUAUACAUGGAUCCUAGGGUGAGGAACAGCCUCCUCCCCCACACUAGAAAAUCCACGUGUCUGGAGGCCCUAUCCCACCUUCCACUCCCACUCACAUAUCUUACAAAUGGAGACCAUGAGGCUUUUAAUGGUAAGAGAAUUUUCAGAUCUCUUACCCAGAAGCCAGAGGUCCGACGCUUUUUAAGAGCUGUGUGACUUCUAGCAAAUGACUCAACCUCUCUGUGCCUGCCUUCAACGUAAAAGCGAGGCUGUGUACUUUCUAAGGGUUGUCCUGAGGGAUUAAAGCUCAGUGUUCAAAUAUCAUGGGUGGAGAAUGCCUGGUACACAGUAGGUGCUCAACACCACCUUUUCUCAGUAAAGCCGUAGUAAACACAGGAUGUUUGGCGCUUUUCUUCCUACGUUGAAGUCACAGACAAGCACCCAAAUCCAGGGAACUUUUGUCCAAGCUGUGCCCAAGUUAACCCCCCCUUUCGUUCCCUCUGUGGCCAGGAAGGAAGGUUGCCUUUGCAUAGCCGGCCCCAGUAUGUACAUCUUCUAAAAAGGCAGAGACUCCAAAAGCUUUAUAGAAUUUUUUAUAUAAAACAAAAUGGCCCUAGCCCAGCAUCAGGAAGAAAAGACUUGAAACACGAGUAUGUACAUCAAUGGUGGAAGGCACAGCGGGUCUGUCUGGGAUGAGGAGGGGGAUGGGGGGCAGCAGGUUACACAGGUCUCAGCUGAAGCCACGGGGGCAGAAAUAAAGUGCGUAGGUCCUGGGGCCCCCCGUGGCCCAGAAGCAGCAGCCAACAGCCCCCUUCUUCCAGCCUGCGGCAGGGUUCAGUUGAGCGUGACACGGAGGUAGGAGGUGGGCACAUAGCCCUCACCUCCCUGUUUCCGCCUGACCCGGGUCCAGCCGUCGCCUUUGUCCUCCUCCAUGAGACUGAGGUCUUCACCCUCGGCCAUGGAGAUGGUGCCUUCGCUGGACCCUGUCGUGGAGGGGCAGUGGGCUCAGAUCUGCUUCAGGUGAGGGUAAACACAACCUAGCCAGAAAGACCGCCCAUCCCCUAAGCAGCUGAUGGGGACACACAAGCUGUCCUCACCUUCGAAGUGGUAGAUGGCCACACAGUGACCUAUGGGGGACACCAGCUCCUCCUCAAAGUCCUCAUCGAACUCCGUGUAGAUGGGGGCAUCCUGACCCUCCUCGGAGAGGGGCUCUUCAGAGCUGGUUGGGGAGAGCAAAGCAGGUCAGAACAGGCCUCCCAGGUCAUGCGGACAGACCCACUCUGGCCUCCACACUCACCUCUCCUUGUUAUCCUGUGACCCACUGUUGUUGCUGCUGCUGCUGUCUGGUGGGGCACUGGCUGGGGGGUCCGGAGGCCGGGUGUGGCGGCCCAGGCUGUCCCCUCGGUUGCUCAGGACCCGGCUCUCAGCUUCUGCCAGCCAAGCCUGAGAGGAGGGAGUCACACAGUCAAUUCCAGGGCAGGGCUCCGGGGUCAGCCCGUUCUGGGCCUGGAAGUUUCCUGAGAUCACCCAUGCACACCCAAGGCUGUGAUGAGAAACAGCUGGAGCACCACCCCCACCCAACACCUCCCUGUCCCCAUCCCCCCCCCAGGAAGUGACUCAGCCAGGCCCGCUGGCCCCCACCCCUCCCCAGGGUCUUCCCUGACCUCAUACUUCUGCACUUCCAAUUUCAGUCGUUCAAUGUUGUUCAGGGUUUCCGUGAUCCGGGGCUCCAAGCUGGCAGGGUCCCCCAUCUGGGGUGUCUUCUCAUACACAUCCUUCAUUUUCUUCAGGGCUUCUCUAGGAUGACACAGACAUACAGAUCAGAAAGAACAGUCCCAUAGGACUUAACAAGCAAAAAAAAAAAAAAAAAGA